AUGGCUACUACACAAAUGCAUCGACCUUAUCCCCCCAUCUACCAUACCCCCCAAUCAUCCUCCCCUGCUUCAGUGGCUUCCCAGCCGCACGAACAUAACAGAAGCCUCUAUACACAAUCUCCUCAAAUGACGUCGACGAUCUAUGGCUAUCAACAAGCUUUAUCAGCACUCCCUGUGCAGCCAUCACCGUAUGGAGCGCAUCCAUCACCUCAGCAACACCCUCUCACCACCCAGUCUUUGAUGAUGUCCCAUCAGACUAGCACAUCCCAGCUUCAACAUCAAUCUUCCCAGGCGCCAACUGCCGCAUUGACUAGUCCUACUACCGCCACUGUCCAGCAGGCAACCCCUUCCCAAAGGGCUCUCUUGAAUCCCCCGCACCCCGCAACUUCAGCGCCCCUCCAACCAAGCAAUUCCAAUCAUCAGAGCUCUAACAUUGGGACGAGCUCCAGCGCAGCACCCGGUCCUAUCCCGGCGACAACCCCUCUAGUUGUACGACAAGACAGCAAUGGAGUGCAAUGGAUUGCCUUUGAGUACUCUCGUGAUCGUGUGAAGAUGGAGUACACCAUUCGGUGUGAUGUCGAAUCCGUCAACGUGGACAAUCUGUCGCAGGAAUUCAAAGCAGAGAACUGCGUCUAUCCCCGAGCAUGCUGCAGCAAGGACCAGUACAGAGGAAAUCGUCUUGUUUAUGAGACAGAGUGUAAUGCUGUUGGGUGGGCACUGGCAGAACUUAACGCCACAUUGCGAGGGAAGCGCGGACUGAUCCAACGCGCAGUCGAUAGCUGGAGGAAUAGCAACCAGGAUCCUCGACUACGGAGCCGGCGGGUUAGACGAAUGGCCAAGAUCAAUAGACGACAAGGAGCCCUGCCAGCACCGCCGCCUCAACAUAUGGCUCCGACAACCGGGGUCCCCCCCGGGGUGUCAAGCUCUAGCAUCGCACCAGUCGGCCCCCGUCCAUCACUUGGACCAUUAUCAGCUAUGGGACCGCCGCAACUACAUCACCAUCACGCUCAACCUGACGGGCCCAUCCAUGAGGAAGCUAGCGGUUCCGCCGAUUAUGCGAGUGGUACCCAUCGGCCGCUGCCACCUGCACCUUCUUCUAGUGGGCACUCGCCAACAGACAUUCGCAACGCUCAUGUUUUCCACGGAUAUCCUACAUUCCCGCUCUCUGCCAACUCUUCGUCUGGACAUCGGGGCCCCUCUAUCCCCCCUCUGCUUCGGGAUAACGGCCUCGGGUCCUUCGGACGCAACCCAGCCGUCGCAACUUCGGGUAGGGUUGAGGAGAUAGAGGAUGACGAACAUGACCCAAACAAAGAUGACCUGUUCGGCACACUGCCUGAAGGCAAGCGCCGCAAGUUUAUUCUCGUUGAUGAUACGCAGAGGCCUGGCUGCCGUGUCCGCGUCAAAGUCAUGCUAGACCAGGUGGACAUGGACGAGAUUCCCGACUCCUACCGGAUGGCUAAUUCAGUGUACCCGCGUACCUACUUUCCCGUUCAGAUGAAGACUCCACGGGGCCAAGGACUUCCUGGAGACAGGUACAUCAAGGACGAUACCCAGAUCAAUGAUGUUGACGAGGACGAGGCCACUGUUGGGAGGACCAUGGUCCCCGCUCCGCAGGUCGAUGACGAGAGUGAGAUCGCCGUUCCUAGGAUCUCCCGACGCAGGCAUAGAAAGGAGGUGCUGUUAAACGAUCUGGGAUACCGAAUGAGCUGGAGCCAGAGCAGAGUAUUCUCCGGACGGAUGCUGUUCCUUCAGCGGUCUUUGGAUGCAUACAGAAACAAAAUGCGCAGCACUAUGCUUGCCGCCGGCCAGAAUGAAAAUUCAAUCCCACCACACUUCGAAACCCGGGCAGGAAAGCGACGGUUCCUUGAGCGAAGGAAGCGGGCAGCUAUGUCUCGCGACACCGAGCAUACAGUUUCUGCAUCCCAGCACGAUGCCGAGGAAAUCGAGCCCUAG